AUGAAAGUUUUACCAAGUAUUUUGUCUGCUCUCACGGGAGUCCAUGCCCAUUGAGCAAGAAUGCAAUGGAGGUAGUUCCACUGAUUGCUGAUCGCGGCAUGCAGAUGUUAACUUACAGAGCUGCUGUGCCCUCUCAUUCCCUUUCAACAAGUCGAUAGAUACAUGCGAGUCUCAGUAAGUGCAUGUUCGGAAAUCUGAUUACCAUUCACGGUUUCAGUCGCAUGGUAAGCCCAUUGCCACUCGGAGAGACUAGUUGAAUCUUGAAUCGCAGCCAAUAAGCAAUCCUAUAAACGAAUAGAGAUGCGUAUUGGAUCAGAUCAAACUAAAGAAAGGGCAGUUUAAUCCGCUGAGAUGAAAUGCAGCAUAUCAUAUCGACAUUCUGGUAACGAACAAAGGCGUGCAGGGAUAAGAUGCAGCGAGUAUCAUAUUUUAUGUGCCUGGCCCUUGCCUUUGAGAUUUUAUUUCAGUUCACUGCAAAGCAAUCUGCAUCAAUUAAUUCAUCAUCACAAAAUGAUCACUGUCGAAUUAGCAUUUGAUUUGGAAAUGUCCGACAUCUCCACGAAUUCAGUACUUGUGGGUCGAGCUUGGCAAUGGACUGCCCAAACCAGCAGGCUAUCCCAUGACGAAUUUGCCCAAAUGCGGAACUUACCCAACUUGGAGUUCUCUACAGCAGGUGUCAUUGUAGAAUUUCGAAAUAUAUGUUAGUAACUCGACCCUUACAAGGGAAGCAACAGAAUCCUCGAUUACUUGAACAUUCCGAUCGCUCAGACUUCGGGUACGGGAGGCAGUUACGGCAUGAUUGAUCCACCAGAGGGAAAAGUUCAGAUUCUUUGCUUGUGGGAGACCACAAGGGCUUCUCUUAGCCUGCACAGCAUCAUCACCAUUUAUACGCCUUCUCCUGUCCGGCGGAUAUCAAAUCUUCAAAUAUUUGCAACGAAUUCCUGAUCUGAAGCAACCGUAAUUCUGUGUUUCUAUAUCUGCGAUAAUUUGUUCCGUGUGUUAUUCUUACAUGUCAUCUGAUUUCUGGUAGAAAAUGGCUGUCCCAGAAGUAAAUGAGAAAUUGCUUAGAGAACUUGAAGCCAUGGGGUUUCCUUCAGCGCGAGCAACUAGAGCACUUCAAGGUUCAGGUAAUGCUAGCAUUGAGGCUGCUAUAGAUUGGAUCAUCGAUCACGGAAAUGACCCGGAUGUUGAUGAAAUGCCAAGGGUAUCGAUCGAUCUCGAUGUCAGGUCACCAGAGCCGUGUUUUGUCACGGAGGAGAUGAAAAAAAAAGCACGGCAAUUAAGGGACUGCGCGCGGAAUAAUAGACCCGAAGAGAAGAACUCGCCACGAGAAAGAGAGAAGGAGAGGAUACGGGCAGGGAAAGAACUCUUAGAAGCAGAAAGGAUUGCCGAAGAAAUUGAAAGAAGACGCUUCUUGGCGUCACGGAAAGCAGAGAAAGAGGAGGAAAAGAGGGCGAGAGAAAGAGUCCUUCAGAAACUGAGGAACGAUAAGUUAGAAAGGAGGCAGAAGCUCGAAGUGUCAUCGGACAGCCUCAUGUCUUCAAAACAUACGCUGCCUCUCGGAGAGACUAAAAUGAAUGCACACGUUUAUUCGGCUGCAAAGGCAGAGCAGAUGAGAGAGUGUUUAAGGUCUAUAAGGCGUAAUCACAAGGGCGAUGAUGCCAGAGUAAGGAGGGCAUUCCAGACUCUACUGACCUACAUAGGAAACGUCGCGAGGAAUCCUGAGGUAGAAAAGUUCAGGAGGAUCCGACUCAGUAAUCCCGUGUUCCAGGAGAGAGUGGGGGCACUGGAAGGAGGAGUCGAGUUUCUCGAGCUCUGCGGGUUCAGGAAAACCGAAGGGCUCGAGUUCCUAUUCCUUCCCCGGGACAAGGUGGACAUGGGAGUGCUGCAUUCAGCUGGGUCACAACUGAAGUCGGCACUUACAAAUCCUUACUUUGGACUUCUAUGACCGGAAAAAGUAUGUGAACCUGUAAAUCUUAUCUUAUAGAGACUAUUUCUGUUCGUUAUCGAUGUCAUCUUCGAAAAUGAAGACUUCGAACUGAUCGUCGGUUCAAAGAUUAGAUAAACUUACUAUUAUGGAAUGAUUUAUUCCUCACUAUAAUUUGUAUACAUAUCCUAGUUUUCCAUAUUUAGGUGUCACUAGUUUAGCCAUAUUUUAUACUUUCCAUUUUUUGAUUGGACUUGGCUGUAUACAUAUACAUCGAAUUAAUGAAAACAUACCAAGUUCUUCUGCUUGAA